AUGUCACUCGGCCUGGCCCCCAGCGAAGGCGGCUUGUCCGAGCUGUGGCGAUGGGCAGAGCCCACCGGUUUCGCGGCCCUGGCUCUAGGCGGUGCCAGCAAUGCAGCCGCGGCGGUGCAAAGCGGGGUUCUGCUUGGAGCUCGAGUCUCCCACGUCAUAUCUGUCGGGUCAUAUCGGAACUUCAAAGCCCUGACUACUAUGCAGAUGGAGAACGGCCACGCAGAUAUUCAGCUUCAAUACUUUCAAAUGUCCGAUUGGCUUCGGCCAGACGAGAAGCUGGACCUGAGACAUGACUUGGCCGAGCCUCUUCAGGCUUUGCAGGCCGCUGUGCAACCUGCAGAAGCAGUCGGUGACCGGGUGGUGCUCGUGCACUGUGACCAGGGCCACAACCGCUCGCCGACUCUCGCCCUGGCUUUCUUUGUUUGCAACGGCCACACACUCCGUCAGGCCUACUGCCGGCUCCUCCGAGCUCGAAUGGACGUCGAUCCAUUGCCGCCCUACAGGCGAGGUCUUGAGCAACUUGAAGUCGAGCUGCGCGGCGAGCGCGGUAAUAGCGUUUCGGAGCACGACAUCUUUGCCUUGCACGUGACGCAAUUGAUGAGCCUUCCCAAUCUUCACGAGCUCGCAGAAACUUGUCCACCGCCACCGCCCCCUCCGGGGCCAGUGGAGACAAUGCGGUCAGACGAUGAGAGGGAGGAAGUGGACGAGAUGUCCGAGGCCUCCCACGCCUUCGAAGUGGCCCUUGCCGUCCGCCGCAGCGCCAUUGCCACGCUUUUGGCAGAGCAACCCGCGGAAGAAAUGGAGUGCACUCAUGGGCAGUGGCAAACUUAA